CCCCCGUUGUAAGGCCUGAGCGUCAGCUGGCGGUGGGCGGGCCGUCAGAGCCUGUCACCGCGGAGGGCAGCCACUCAAGCACGUGUGUCUCGCCGGGCAUCACACACAAGGGAACUGGCCAGUCUUCACUCGGGAACACCAGUAAUGGCUGUGCUGGCCUGCUGACUCACCACAGCUACCGUGUUCUGUGGCAGAUUCUGGAAUGGAGUUUGCUGACUUUGAUGAUGACCUAUUUGAGGAGAAGCCAUCCCGGGGCACUGUGGCCAACAACUACCAAGCCCGCAAGUGUGAGGCCGGAUGGUUCAUGGAGGUGAAUCCAGAUCAGUUGGUCUCCCAAGAGGAUGAAUUUGGGGUUAAGAAGUUUACUGCAGAUUACCUCUACCUCAAUAAAUCAUUUGAUGUUGCUGCAGCUAAGUUUGAGGAAAUACUGGAUGGUCUACCUGAAAGCAGCACCACCAGCAGAAGAGAGUGUCAAGAAAACUUGGCUAGGUGCCACAUAAAGGCAGGCUUCCCAGAUAAAGCAGUGGCGCAUGUAGAGAAAUUGCAUUCAACUUCUAAGACCCAUGAUCAGUUGACUGUAAGUUAUUCCAUGCUUCUGGAUGUCUACCUGGCUGUUGGCAGAUAUGAUGAUGCUCUUAUAGCAGCUCAGAAUUUAAUCUCACUACAUCCUGACAAUGGCCACUUCUGGAUGAAACUUGGCUAUGUGUAUGCGUCUGUUAAUAAGAUAACACUUCCCAAUGUUGCAAGGUUAUUAAAUGAUCACCUUUCUGGACCUGGGAAAACCAGCAUGGCACCAGCAGCUGACCCAACUCACUUUGAAAAAAAUGCUCCAAACUGCUUACUAAGUAGUACUCAGAAGGGAGAGCUGCACUCUGCUCAAGAAGAUAGAGGACAGGCAAAAGCCAAAAGAGACAUACUGAUUGUGGCUGCUUGCUUGCACAGGGCAUAUUACAUUUUAUUGAAAACUGAGGGAACAGCUGUAGGGUUUGCAGUGUCAAAUACAAAAUUUUUUAAAGAAAAAUUGCUGGGAGAUUUACAGUUCCUGUUAGAUGAUUACUCCUUGAAAGAGCUGAGGCAUAAUGUGCAUCAAAAUGAUAAAACAGAAAUAAGCAGUUGCUCAUCAGAAUCCUCUUCUUCCAAUGAUAAUGAAAAUGCAAAGUGCAGAACUGAUGAUGAAGAUAAAGAAAAAAAUGAUUCUGAAGAAAAGUUUGAAGAAAAGUGGUUCAGGUGGAUUUUGUGAUUAAUGACAUAAUUAAUGUCGGAUUGGUGUCCUUGCAACACUUGGAGUGUAUAAAGUUGAUACUGUCUUUAGUCAGAUGUGGGAUUAUAGGCCAGAUUAACCAUGAGACAAAUGUGGAAGCUGCCUAAGUGCCUGUACAAAUGAAAAGGACACAUCAGCCCUACAGGGCCGUCUUCUCAUGUAAUAUAUUUUAGUGUUACAGAUAAAUGCCUGAAUGUACCUGUUUUUAAGGAGAAUGUUAUUAGAGUGAGACCAAGCAGUAGUACCGUAGCUGUUCUUCAGCAGUUACAUGGCUGUCUAUCAAUACACUUUGAAGUACAAUAGAACUGCCAUUUUUGCAAGUACAUAGUUGGAGUUGUAAAAGGUUUUGCCAAAAUGAGAAUCUCCAAAACUGUGAAAUGAAUUUGUUCUGAGCCAUAA